AAGUGCGCCAACCUUUGUUUACCUGCGAAACCGAAAUGGAUAGCAAUAAUUUUGCCUCAAGGCAAUUGUGCUUUAAAACUCCUUAAGUACGGAUACAAUUGGUAAUGGAUCGGACAAAUCUAAAUGAAUUGAAACAUAAAAUGCGGCGGCUUCUGAAUUGUGGACACAAUGAGACAGAGGAACUAAAAUACAAAUUGCUCGAAGUUCAAAAAGAAUUGGAUGAAGCUAAUUACUUUAUUGCCGAAAUAAAAUUCGAAUUGGAUAGUGUUGAUAUACCUGCACUCCAGAAUCAAUGGCUGCGCGAUGAAUUGAUGAUGCUAAAGGCCGAGGAGGUGGGCGUGAUUCGAAGGGACUUGGAGGAGGAUCCAGCAACUCAAAAGGAGCGUCGCAGCUAUCGACAGCAAGUUGCUGCUGGAAUGGUGUCCCCUCAGCUUGAAUGCCCACUCCAGGAGCAGCGAUACGGACGCAAACUGGAUUAACCUAAUGGCUGAUUACACUGCUCAAAAUCUGAAUUUAUUUAUCGAUAAUGAUAUUGUAUGGCAUUAGCCGCUUCCGACUACACGCAAACCGCUUAAAAUAUAAUGCAAUAUAUACAAUAUAUAUAUAUAUAACAAUAUAAUAUAUAUAUAUAUAUAUAACAAUAUAUAUUUAGGUGCUUACUUUUAAUUACUCACAUACUAUUUAUCACCAAUUGCGAAUUGAGUGUGUUUAAAUUUAUGGUACCUCGAAGUCCACUUAUCUGGCCAUCUAACCUUUUGAACUCCAUGCAUAAAUCAGUCGAUCCUAAUUCGCCUGUAAAUAAAUAUAAUCUAUUGCAUUUACAGCUCGCUGGCUUCCUUAAUGGCCGGUUUGUUCGAUUUGUAAUGCAUUUGCAACUCCCAGAUGAAAAGAUACAUUUUAUGAGCUCUGGCAAUUGGAUGGCCAAAGUGCGUCAGGUGUGCGAACGAUAAAAUUGCCAUUUCCAAAUUGGAGGAACCCCCUCUAAAGAAAUUUAAAAAAACUCAAGACAAUUCUCAAAAUGUAGACUUUUAUUUGAUCGUGUCCGACUCACGUUAAGAUAUAUGUUUGCAGCAUAGACACAAUAAUUAUUAAAUAUAUAUGCAAGUAGAAUUCCGUAAUAUAUUUGUAUCGCAUUAGUUGUACGUGUGCUUCAAUAAUUUAUAUUUACAAUACUUAAAAGUCGCGUGAGACCAAAGUUGGCUAUUGAUAAAAUAAACUUUCAGUUUCGUUGGG